AUAGUCAGUUUAUAGUUGUCAGCCGUUAAACUAAGUUAGUUCUCCGCCGUGUGAAAAAAAAUGAAUCUAUCACUAGGACUUUCCCUUGCUUUGUGUUUAGCUGCACUCACUAAUGCGGCCGUAAUACAGCGCGAUGACGAUGGAGCUGUUAAUAUCGCGCUAUUAGACGGGCUGAAUUUAAACGAACUGUUGGUUCAACUUAUUGAACAAUUCAAGACGAUCAUGCCGUGUGGAAUUCCUGAGCUGGGGGUGCCAUCGCUGGUGCCUUUCGAGUUGAAUCAUACCGCAUUCCGAAUCGAUCAAGCUGGACUUUUGUAUUUUGAUGGGGAGAUCAAUGAGCUGCUGGUGGAUGGCUUGAAUAACUUUGACAUCACGAAUGUUGAUUUACAAAUCCUCAAGCUGAAACUGGAGUUCAGUUUCUUUUUCCAUUCAAUUAAAACUACUGGGAAAUACAAGGCACAAGGAAAAGCCUUAAGCUUCAUCCCAUUUAACAGAGGUGGUAAAUUUGCAUUCAACUUUAAUGGUCUCAGCCUUGAAGGAGCAAUCAAGAUAGCUUUCGAUGGUGAUAAACUAUCCAUUGCUGAAUUCAAACUACAACCAACAGUCGUAUCUGUAAAUUCCAAAUUUGAGCAUGUGUUUAUUCUUCCCCUCAACACCUUCAUCUUCAAUAAGAUUGUGGAGGCAGUUGUCCCGAAGUUUCUGAGGGAUAAUAAGGAACAGGUUUCGUCGUUCUUGGAGGAUCUAAUUAAGCCGCAGCUUAACGGUCUACUAACAGACCUCACACUGGAAGAUCUGAUGGAUAUGGUGCAGGGCGGAAGUAAUGUAACCAUCCCAAGCUCCUGCUAAUACUUCCUCAUCAUUAUCUCACACUCAUUAUCGAAAGCCUCCAUUAGCUGCAAUCAACACCAACCAUAAACAGCUUAAAUAAAAAUGUUUACUGAAAAGAGAAA